AUGUCAGAGAAACUGAGUCAAUUUAACUGCACAAUUAAAUACAUUGAGGGAUCAAAAAACGUCCUUGCAGACGCUCUAUUGCGGAUGUAUAGUGAGGACAAGAAAGGCACUGAACAUGCAGAAAGCAAGUUUGUGCCAGACUACAAGGAGGAAGGCAUCAUACGGGACGCACGCACGCGUAACCCAUCAGUGACCCAGCCAGUAGUGACCGGAAUGGCGGCCAAGGUGGCAAGCAAGAGCCAGACCACGUUGGCAGGUGUCCAACGGAACCCGGAGCGCAAAAGAGUGGCCCUGGUUUGCUACAACCCAGAAAUACCGGGAAGAGCAGGGCAAAGGACCAGGGCACCACGUAACCAAGGAAAUGAGCGCGUGAAAGAAAAUUGGAACCCCAACAUACGUGAUGAGUUUGUUGGGGAACAAAUUUUGGAAGAGGACCCAAGAGAAACCAAGCCCAACAAAAGAGAAGAAACCUCACCAGCAAGCAUUGAGCUGGAGGGCGGGAGUUGGGCGGACAACAAACAGGACAAGUGGGACCUGCUGGACCGCUCAGAUCACUGA